AUGGACAACAACAAGGAAGAAGAGAAGCUGGAGAUUGUGAGGCUCCUGCUGGAGAUGAAGUGCAGCCCUACUGAGGCGGACUGCUUUGGCCGUUCGGCACUGCACUACGCCGUCCAGAAAGGUGACAUGCGAGUGGUGACGCUGCUGCAGCGGACGGUUGACCAGGCGAAUGAAGAAGUCCGGGCAGAAGCCAGACGAGUGCAGGAGUUCCUGGCAUCCGCGGAUGCUGCAAGGGCUGAGCAGGCAGCGGCGGAGGCUGCCAGGGCUGCAGCGAGGGCUGCAGAGCUCGCUGCUGCGAGAGCGGCCGAAGACAGGCGAAACAUCAAAGCCGCGGAGGCCGCCGAGGCAGCUGCAAAGCUGCAGGAGGAGCGCCUGAAGAGGGAGGCCGCCGAGGCUGCGGAGGCAGUUGCCAGGGUUGGAGAGGAGCGAAAGAAGAGGGAAGCCGUGGAGGCAGCCAUGCAAGCUGCAAGGAAUGAGGAGGAGCGAAAAAAGAGAGAAAUUGCAGCAGCAGUAGAAGCGUCUGUGAAGAUUGAAGCCGAGCGUCGGAAGAAGGAAGCUGCAGCAGCUGCAGAGGAGGCCGCGCGUGAACAGCGGAAAGCGGCAGAGGCAGCAGAAGCUGCGGCCAGAACUGAGGAGGAGCGACGAAAGAAGGAAGCUGUGGAGGCAGCCGAGGCAGCUGCCAAAAUUGAGGAGGAGCGACGGCAACAAGAAAGUCAACUGGCAGCAGAGCUCUCUCUCAGAGUUGAGCAUGAGCGGAAAAUUAGGGAAGCUGCAGAGGCUGAAGAGGCGGCUGCCCGGGAGAAGCGGGAAGCGGCAGAGGCAGCAGAAGCUGCGGCCAGAACUGAGGAGGAGCGACGAAAGAAGGAAGCUGCGGACUCAGCCGAGGCAGCUGCCAAAACUGAGGAGGAGCGAAGGCAACAAGAAGUCAAGUCUGCAGCAGAGCUUUCUCUCAAAGUUGAGCAAGAGCGACAUAGAAGAGAAGCCGCACAGGCUGCGGAAGCAGCCGCCAUGCGAGAAGCAGAGAGAAAGAACAGAGAAGCAGCAGAGGCGGCCGCAAUCUGUUACGAAGAGAGGAUGAAGCAGACAACAGCCGAAGCCGCAGUUGCUGUAGCAGCAGAGGACUGCCAGACGAGGCUGACCACUGCAAGUACAUGGGAGGUUGCCUUUAGCAUUACCGUCGCGGAUUAG